AUGUCGUUCGGAAGUUUCCAGUCAAUAUGCGAAACUGCCCCGAUACCUCUGUGCUCACUCGUCGGUCCCUACAAUGGCGCAAAAUCACUCACAGGACCGGGAAUCGAGGCACUAUGCUAUUCACGAAGUAUUGAAUGGGCCAACACAAUGAUUUUCCAGGCCGCAAAUGACUUCGUGCACAUUUUGUCACUCGUCAUGUGCUCGAUCAUGGUUCUACACGUCCGUUCGAAGUUUACCGCUGUUGGUCGCAAGGAGAUCACCACAUUUUUCUACCUCUUUAUGCUCCUCACCGUCAUCUCACUCUGUCUCGACUCUGGCGUUGUUCCUAUCGGUUCAGCACCCUACGCAUACUUUGUCGCCGCUCAAGCUGGUCUCUCGUCCGCCCUCUGCACAUGCCUACUCAUCAACGGCUUCAUCGGCUUCCAGGUGUACGAAGACGGCACGGCGCUCAGCGUGUGGUUGUUGCGCCUAUGCUCCCUGGUCAUGUUCAUUGUGACUGGCGCAGUCGCGCUCUGUACCUUCCAAUCAUGGGCGGGGUUGGAUCCCUCUAACACCAUGGCCUUGUUUGUGCUGUUGUACGUGGUCAACGCACUGUUCUUAUUCAUCUAUGUUGCAUGCCAGGUCAUACUAGUGGUGGGAACACUCGGGGAUAGGUGGCCGAUGGGCGACAUUACCUUUGGCGUGUUCUUCUUUGUGGUUGGACAGGUGCUCCUCUAUGUGUUCAGCCGCAAAAUCUGCGAUGAGGUGUCGCAUUACCUUGACGGACUAUUCUUUGCUUCCAUCUGCAACUUACUUGGUGUGAUGAUGGUCUACAAGUACUGGGACUCCAUCACGAAAGAGGACCUCGAGUUUAGUGUGGGCACGAAAACGAACGUAUGGGAAGUUAAGGAACUGCUUCCGGAGGAGGACCGAAGAGCAACCAUCUAUGAGCAUCAGGGUGCGCAGAGCGAGUAUGCGCCCAGCACAUACCAUAGUAAUCGCAUGAGCCAAGGAUACGGCGGCUUUGCAGAGCGGUAUUAG